GGGGCAGCCGGGCCUGGUGUCCCGAGAUGCCGAAAUCGUGCGCGGCCCGGCAGUGCUGCAACCGCUACAGCAACCGCAGGAAGCAGCUCACAUUCCACCGGUUCCCGUUUAGCCGUCCGGAACUGCUAAAGGAAUGGGUGCUGAACAUUGGCCGGGGCAACUUCAAGCCCAAGCAGCACACUGUCAUCUGCUCCGAGCACUUCCGACCUGAGUGCUUCAGUGCCUUUGGAAACCGCAAAAACCUGAAGCACAAUGCUGUGCCCACAGUGUUUGCCUUCCAGGACCCUACGCAGCUGGUUAGGGAGAACACAGACCCUGCCGGAGUGAGAGGAAACACCGACUCUCAGAAAGAAAAGAUCCUGCCAGUGGUGGGGGCAGAUGGCACAGGGAGAAGCAUGGACACAACCCUGGAUGAGCUUCAGUUGCCCCCAGAUGCUGAAGACCCUGGGAAAGAGGUCUUGCCAUAUAGGCUGGAAGCAGCAGAGGCCCCUGACCGGCCAGCCAGCCCCAUGAGGCCAAGGCAGCCCUUGCCCAAGCAGCCGUCUGAUCACAGCUAUGCCCUUUUGGACUUGGAUGCCCUUAAAAAAAAACUCUUCCUCACCCUGAAGGAAAAUGAAAAGCUCCGGAAGCGCUUGAGGGCCCAGAGGCUGGAGAUGCAGAGGAUGUGCCGCCGCCUGAGUGCUCACAGAGAGGGGCGGCGCAAACCCCAGGCUCAUGUGCGGCCCGAGCAGCAGAGCUGAGCAAGCAGCCAGCUUUGUCUCCGAGGCUCCAGGCCACCCAGGGUGCUGGGGGUGGUGGCAGCCUAGCACCCAGGGCCUGGUGGUGCUCUCUGGAUCUUGCUGUUGACAUUUCAGUCUGCUGCCAACACUUGCAAAGUGGUAACGAGAGGAUGGCAAAACCUACCUGGUGAAGAAAAUCCCAAACAUCGUGAUGUGAAGCGUUUAUAGGAGGCAUCAGGUGAGGAGAGGGAGGGAACCGUGAGUGUGACUAGUUAGUCCCCAAGUGACACCCAGUCCCCGCUGAGGCAGGUUUACUUAAGGCCACACUUUCUGCACAAGCUGGGCAGGCAGUGGGGGCACCACAUGCACAAGGAGCUGUCCGGAGCCAGCGUGACAGCCACUGCCGCCGUGGAAGAGAGAACUGUUCUCCGGAGAAUGCAUUUCUCUGGGUGGGGGUGCGGGGGUGGGGGGGGGUCCCAGGAUAUACUGGGCCCAUGGGGUCAUUCCUAGUCCCCCAGACAAAGAGGGGUGAGGGCUGACUCCACGGCAGUGAGUGGGGUCCUGUCAGCCCGGACAGCCAGUGUCCCUACAGUAAGGGGCUAAGACUGGCCUCCUGAUCUAAGGGGUGACUCCUCUCCCAGCCUGGUUUGAGCAAACAGUUAAUAAAGUGUUUUACUAUACUGCAGUGUGUCCUCCAUUUCAAAACGACUAAGUACGAAUGUGAGGUUUUCUCUUCUACCAGAAGACUCUGUGGAAGUAGCAAUCUGUACGCUGUUAAAAGAGCACACAGAGUUUGAUUACCUUUGAUUUUUUUUAAAAAACGUGACUUCACUUCAUCAUUAAACAGAAAACUAACAAAAACUCUAGCCUAAAUGAUUUCCUAACUU